AUGAGGCCGUGUCUGCUCAAGACGCGCACCCGGUGUCCACUCUCGCCCGCGCAACUCGAGAAGAACCGGCAGCGCGCCCGCACGUACUAUGUCCGGCACAAGGCGGUCGUGCUCGCGAAGCUCAAGACGCGCUACCUCCAGAAGCGUGAGAUCAUCCAGGCCAAGCGACGAGCACUCUACCAGCGAAAAACGGCGAGCAGCCUCCCGGUGACCGUAAACCGACUCGCGCUGCGCUAUAUUCUUAAUUAA